AUGUGUGAGGCUUGUCAUGAGGCCAGGCAAGCAGGUGCUUGUAUUCAAAAGUUGACAGCUACUCCUGAUUCCUGUCCUGGCCACACAAAAUCUUUUAAGGAAAAAACUGCAAUGGUCCGAGCGGCCAGACAGUUAUUGUCAGCCAUUACCCGAGUGUUGUUGUUAGCAGAUAAAGUUGUGGUCAAGCAGCUGCUGGCAGCCAAAGACCGAGUAUUGGCUAGCCUGCUAAAACUAGAGCGUGUUUAUAAUUUUACGGAUUUCAUGGAAGCAUUCAGUCAAUUUGGUAACGAGAUGGUACGACUUGCACAAAUCACUGGAGAAAGACAAAAUGACCUUAAAAGUGACAAACAACGUGCACAAAUGGGUGCUGCCAGGGCUGUUCUGGAGAAAGCCACAAUGAUGCUGCUGACAUCUUCAAAGACAUGUUUACGCCACCCUGACUUUUUGGAGAAAGCUCAACCAACAGCAAGUAGAGUGCUCAAAGAUUUUGAUGAUUUAUGUGAAUUAACUCGAAUAACGUUAGUUGAACUGAGUACUCAGGAUAAAUUGAACAGUGCCUUAGAACUGAUUGUUGAGACGAGCCAAGACUUUACUGAUUCUGCGUAUACAUCUCAUGAGAAUCGUGAACGCAUUCUGGACCUAUGUGAUCAACUUCGAGCUCAGCUUGUCAAUCUUAUCAAUGUUGGUACCAAUCUGAGUAAAAACCGACAUUUAGUUGAUGGCAAUUCAUGCCACGUGGACCAGAAGGAGAAUCUGUCCUCAAAUCAGGAACUUGAAACUGCCAUUAUUAAAACAAUUGAAGCAUCAAAAAAUCUACACAAGCAGCUGCAGGACACCACAAUGGACCAAGCAUCUGAGCUUUUCAAAAUCAAUGAAGACCAUGAUCUGCUGAAGGGAUUAAAACUUCAUGGCCUGGCUGGAUGUCCUGAGAAAGUUGACGAACUAUCUGUCAAAUUUAGAGAACAUGCUGAACAACUAGAAGAGGUGUGCAAGUUACUCCGUCAUAUUGCCAACACUGGACCUCUCAUUAUUACAGCUGAACAUAAUGAAUCUGUCAUUCGUACCACUUGUCCAUUGAUUUUGUAUGCUGCACAAACCCUAGCUCAAUAUCCAAGCAGUCGAAUAGCAGAAGGGAACCUGGAUGUAUUUUCCAAAACCUGGGAAGCACAAAUCAACGAACUCUCUAUUUUAGUGAAAGAAGUCAAUGAUGUAUGCCAAGGCAAAAUGGAAAAACAAGUAUAUUUGUCUUUGCCUCGACCAGGGAAACAUGGUACAAUGGUGAAAUCUUUGCGUCCCGUGAAACUUGAUGCUGAAGAACAAGCUAAAAUAGCCAAGCUUGGUUUGGAGAUGAAAUUGAUAACAUCAGAGAUGGAUGCUGAGGCUGAUAAAUGGGAAGAACCUGACAAUGACAUUGUGAAACGUGCUAAGAAUAUGUCUAGCAUGGCAUUCUCUAUGUACUUAUUUACACGAGGUGAAGGACCCUUGAAGACCACGCAAGACCUCUUCACACAAGCAAAAUACUUUGCAGAUGAAGGAAACAAAUUAUAUAAGACUGUUAAAGAAUUUGCUGAACGGGUACCUACCAGUGGACAUAAAGAAGAAUUGGAAGUUCACCUUGACCGAAUACCUAUGUUCUGUCAACAGCUCCUGAAAACACUGCGAGCCCCUACCUUUGGCAAGGCAGCCACUUUUAAUAAGGUGGACAGUGCCAUACAAGAGACCAAGAAUUUGAUGAAUGCUGUGGCAAAAGUUGUGACUACCAGUUUUAUAUGUGCCACAAAAUAUAACAUUGAUUGUCGGUCAUCAUCAAUCCCAUCUUAUAAAUGGCGUGGCAGUUCCCAACGUUUAGAUGUCCAGGCUAAUGGCAGCACGGAUUUUGGCAGUGAAUCAGGCAGCAGCAGUACUACCAAUACAGCACCACCCUCACUUCAAAACUCAUACACAGAGGGCCUUUAUCGUAGUUCCUCUCUUAACAAGCCUCUAUCCAGCAUUGGACUCUUAGAUUCUUGA